CAAACCCACUGGGCCUGAAAUGAACCGCAAUUGGGCUUCGACAACCCACAGUCACAUACUCACACUCUGACCCUAACUAUAUAACGCCGCAUCAUUCCAGCGGUUACCCCCCAGAGAAGAAGCAGCCAGCCGCCGACGACAGCCAUGCCGUCCCACAAGACAUUCAUGAUCAAGAAGAAGCUUGCAAAGAAGAUGCGGCAGAACAGGCCCAUUCCGCACUGGAUUCGAAUGAGGACUGACAAUACUAUCAGGUACAAUGCGAAGCGCAGGCAUUGGCGCAGAACCAAGCUUGGGUUUUGAGCUGUUUUUGAUGAUGUAUUGUUUCUUGUUAAACGCUACGGAUUUGUUGAUGAAUUUAUUUGAUCACAUGUGUUUCAUGUACCUUAAAUGAUGGUAGACUAUUUAAUGUUUUAAGUCGAUCUGUUGUGUUCAGUUGCA